AUGGCUCACACGUUGGGCUACCAUCGCCGCGUGAUGAACAACAAAGAGGAUGAAGCCGCUUGCCACAGGACAUUUUGGGUGAUAUAUCUCCUCGAAAAGUGCGCCACAUUCAUUUACGGCAUGACCUCUUUGAUUUCUGACCACGACGUUGGCUGUCCCAUCAUCCCACCGCAAGAAGAGCAUCUCAAGGAUGACUUUGAAAAAUUCGUCUUCAGCCUCAGACUGGGUCGAAUUUUCUCUCGGGCUUAUGAAAGUCUAUUUUCUGUUUCCGCGAGUUUGAACUCGAUCGACCAGUACGAGUUGAAGAUCGACGCCAUAAAAUCAGAAGCCGAGACCUGGAGACGCUCAAUACCAGCAGGAUAUAGGCCCGGCUCGCCAUUCAGUGGGGCUAGGAUGGCUGAAGGCUGUCUCAGGUUGCACUAUUGCUACCAUGCUCUGUCAAUUGCCCUGGGUAGGCUGGAUUUAUACGUUGGUAGAAAGGCAGCCAAGACUGAGGCACACGGAGCCAGGAUGAGAGCAGCAGAAAACGAACUGAUGGAGAGCGCGAGGGCGGUCGCCCGUCUUACUAUUUGCAUAGAUAUACGCCCACACACGCCGCUGUGGAUAUUAGCUUCUUGUCCACUCUCAGCAAUGUUUGUUCUAUUCGACAUGGUCAUACACAAGCCCUCUCACCCAGAGACGGAAAUCAACCUCGCUCUGCUGGACACCGUCGUGGGAUAUUUUGGCCGCUUUGACUACGCGACAGCGGGCUCGAUCCCCUGCGGCCUCUUCUCCGGCUUUUCUCACAUAGCGAACCAGUUCGUGCGCGACCAAUGGCAAAGUGUUGCUCCAGCAGCAGAAGAAUCCGAACUUCAGAGCAGAACACAAGCAUCGCAAGGCAUCGAUUUUGCUAUUCGUUGUACGUACUUCGCAUGCUCGCUUGCUCUGUUCAGCCUUUGGAGAGACUUCCCUGAAAACUGA